AUGAGAGUCUUUUCUUGUCUGUUGGUUGCGGCUACGGCCAUCACCUCCGCUGCCGCCUUCGAUAUCCCAGACGGAGCAUCUAUCACACAACCUUGGACGCACAAGGGACGACCAUACUUUGGCUGGAACCGCAAAGAUCGAUGGGGCAAUAGUGUCGAAGACGAUCGCCGCAAGAUCACAAUUCGUGCGUCCGAAGACGAAGCUGACGACGUCUCGGCAGACUUCGUCUGGGCGCUCGAACAAGCACAAGAUGGAGGACUUGUGCAUCUUGAGGAAGGCAAGACAUACAUCAUUGGCAAGAAGGUUGAUCUUCCUGUACUCAAUGACGUGUACGUCAAGCUCGAUGGUACCUUGAAGGUGAGUAAUAACGAUAAAUCGUAUAGCUUUUUGUCUGACGCGAUCAAUACANNGUUCACCGACGACAUCGAAUAUUGGCAGAGCAACUAUUUCUACUACCCCUUCCAGAAGAGCAUCACCUUCAUGGUCUGGAGUGGUAAGAAUAUCAAGAUUUAUGGUAAGGGAACGAUGGAUGGAAACGGACAGGCCUGGUACAAUGGCUUCGCUGGCCGCGAGAUUCUGGAUACUAGCAAUACAUACUACCGCCCCAUCCUCUUCNNCCUGACCGACAAUGCCACCAAUGUUGAUGUUGAAGGUAUCACCUUCCUCAACAGUCCCUGCUGGACGACCUUNUUGGUCCGUACUAAGGACGUCUCGUUCGAUAACGUAUACAUUGAAGCUUUUAGCAACAACGCUUCAGUGAGUGCGUCCUCUUACCAAACUCGCGAGAUAGUACUGAUCUUGCUANNGGCUCUUCCAAAGAACACUGACGGCUUCGAUUCGCUCAAUGUUGACGGUUUGACUGUGACAAACACUCGCGUCAAUGUUGGCGAUGAUUGCUUCUCACCCAAGCCAAACACUACCAAUAUCUACGUUGAGAAUCUUUGGUGCAACGGUACUCACGGUGUAUCAAUGGGCUCAAUUGGCCAAUACCCUGGUGUCAAAGACUAUAUCUCGAACGCCUACAUGAAGAACAUCACCUUGCUCAAUGGCCAAAACGGUGCCAGACUGAAGGCAUGGGCAGGACCAGAAGUAGGGUAUGGCUACAUCGACAACAUCACUUACGAGAACGUGCACAUUGAGAACACCGACGCCCCCAUUGUCCUUGACCAGUGCUACUUCAAUAUAAACGAGACAACAUGCGCUGCUUACCCCUCAAAUGUCAACAUCACCAAUGUCAAAUUCAUCAACUUCACCGGCUCCUCAUCGGGAAAGGACAACAGAGUGGUUGCAGACUUGACUUGCAGUCCCGGCGCUACUUGUAGUGGAAUCGAGUUACAGGGAAUUGAGCUGACCAGUCCCAAUGGCACAGCGGAGAUUGUAUGCAAUAAUAUUGAGGGGGAUAUUGGAGUGCCUUGUGUUUCCGAGGCUGAUUCUGACAACUAA